AUGGCGAAUCUUACAACCUUUUCUGGCGACGUGUUCAACCGGCCACAGUUUGAAUCGCUACUGAAAAGGCGGUUUUUCUUUACCGAAGCCUUCGAAGUGUACCGAACUGCACCCAACUACAAGGGAGACAAUCGAGGCCUCUAUGAUUAUGGACCGCCCGGUUGUGCUUUGCUAGCUAACAUCGUCAACGAGUGGCGAAAGCACUUCGUUAUCGAAGAGAAUAUGCUCGAGAUCGACUGUACAGCCAUUACACCAGAGGCAGUAUUGAAAACAAGUGGUCACGUUGAUAAAUUUGCUGAUUGGAUGUGCAAAGACCCUGUCAAGGGCGAAUAUUUACGUGCCGAUCACCUCGUUGCAACUGUGCUGGAAACAAGGUUGGCAAAUAGCCAAUCAGCUGCCCUUGACAGCAAGAGCAAGUUGGAAAGGUUAGGCAAUGCCGAGGUAGAACAGUACCAAGAAAUUCUUGCCAAAAUCGACAACUACGAUGGCCCCGAGCUUGGUAAACUCAUUAGGCAGCUUGACAUUAGGAACCCCAAUGGUAAUGGAAAGGUUGAAGAACCAACUGCCUUUAAUCUCAUGUUUCGGUCUACUAUUGGCCCGAGUACAGCUUCUCCUGUGUACUUUAGGCCCGAGACGGCCCAGGGUCAAUUUCUCAACUUCCGAAAGCUAUUGGACUACUGCCAAGGGUCCAUGCCGUUCGCAUCCGCUUGCAUUGGGAAGUCGUAUCGUAAUGAAAUUUCUCCACGGUCGGGCUUACUCCGAGUUCGAGAAUUCUUAAUGGCAGAAAUUGAACAUUUUGUUGAUCCGGAGAGCAACAAGCGCCACGAACGUUUUGGCGAAAUAGCUGAAAUUAAACUGCCGUUCUUGGAUAAGCAGACGCAACUCUCUGGAAAAACAUCCAUCUCAUCGAUGUCCAUCGGCAAGGCAGUCGAGACGAAACUUGUGGAUAACGAAACCCUCGGCUACUUCCUGGCAAGAGUCUACCUAUUCUUACUCAAGAUUGGCGCAGAUGCGCAAAAAUUACGGUUCCGGCAACAUCUCGAUAAUGAGAUGGCACAUUAUGCAUGCGACUGUUGGGACGCGGAGCUUCUGACGAGCUACGGCUGGAUUGAGUGUGUUGGCUGUGCUGACCGGAGUGCAUACGACUUGACUGUUCAUUCUCGAGAGACUGGAACCGCAUUGACCGUCAAAGAAGCCCGCGCCACUCCUCUUGAGGUUACGGAAUGGAAAGCAACACUGGAAAAGAGGCUUGCGGGGCCUCGAUUCAAGAUGGAUGCCAAAAAGAUCGAACUGGCAAUGGGGCAAUUAGAUCAAGAUCGUCUCAGACAAUUAGCCACAGAGCUAGCUGAAAAGGACGUCAUCACAAUUUCCACAGACGAGCUUGCAAAUGGUGCCAAAUCUGUAGAGCUCACAUCAGAUAUUUGCUCCAUCAAACAAACCACUCGUGUAGAGACUACUCGGGAGUACACGCCCAAUGUCAUUGAGCCUUCGUUUGGCAUCGGCCGGAUACUUUACAGCAUUCUGGAACACGUCUACUGGAACAGACCGCAGGACGUCGCUCGAGAGGUGCUCUCGUUGCCUAUCCUCGUCGCACCCGUCAAGGUUUUGCUUGUACCGCUCUCGAAUAACCCCGACUUCAAGCCCGUAAUCAAAAGCCUUGCCAGUCAGCUGAGAGCUAUGGGUAUUGCCAAUAAUGUAGACUCGUCUAGCGUUUCUAUCGGCAGGCGAUACGCAAGAAAUGACGAACUCGGUACCCCGCUUGGAAUCACGGUGGAUUUCGACACUUUGAAGGACGAGUCCGUGACGUUGCGAGAACGGGACUCCAGGGUCCAGGUACGCGCAUCUCAAGAUGAGAUUGUUGAGGCGAUUAGAAAUCUCACUGCCGGAGCUGAAACAUGGGACGAAGUGUCCGAGAGGCUACCAGUGUUCACUGGGCAAGGUCAACAAGACUAG